AUGUCACUACAAUUCCUCAGACCUAUGGCUUUGCCUAGACCAACCACUUUACGAUAUUUCCUAGGUGUUGCUAGACUAUCUACGAACCCCUCUUCCCCGAGCCCAACAAAGGAAGCAAUUUCAACCUCGACGCCAAUUCCUUCACAAACUACACCUGCGACAGCCCCGAAUCAACCGUACUAUGUAUCUCGAACGCUGUCCAAACAACUGCCAGUAUAUGCACUUUCCAAAGCAGGUGGUAACUUGAAGCAGACAAAAAUUAAAAAGAUUGAAGGAGAUAUCAUGAAGUUGAAGGAGCAAUUAGAAGAGGCAUUCUCCGACAAGGAGAUUCGGGUCCAUCAAUUGACGAAGCAGAUCAUAAUCAAGGGGUGGUGUAAACUGGAAGUAAAGGAGUUCCUCAAGGAGCGACAUUUUUAG